AUGGUGGUGUUUAUAGACCAUUCGCUCGAAGAUGCGUCUCUGAGCGAACCUGUUGGCGGCUUCUUCGAGGCAGGGAAAAUACCACCGCCGCCACUCACCAAAGAUAGUCAGUUCAUGCUCGCCGCAUCCUUGUCCCAACUGCGAACUGGCGAUUGUACCAGGGCGGAGAUGGUUGAUAAAACUGGGCUCGAGAGGGAUAGAGAUCCUUCGAGUCUGAAUGGCAUGAUAUCUAUGGCAUUAAGCUGCUACCCGUACGCAAAAACAUCACACCUUUUGCUGUUGUUGCUGCUGUUGCUGCUGUCGUUGUUGAGGAUGAAAUAUGUUGAUUCACUCUAUAUAUUUCCUCCUUUUUUGAAUGCUGUGGUAUCUGGCAAUUUCUUGUCCAAGAUUGUUGACCAUAUGCCUUGCUUCUCUCUACGUUCUUCUCUACAGGAUAGUGACCAUGCUCGCUCGGUGUGUGGACCUAACCACUCUACAUUCAUUAUCCAUGACAUGCCGUCAGGUCCACUCUACGCUCCUUAUCUUUCGAAACCAGCUCGUCAAGGAAACCCUACGCUCUCAAACCCAUCUAAUGUCCAAUGGGGUAGUUUGCCUCCUACCCGGGGCGGCAGCCUUACUUGGGGGAAAUCUGGACGUUGUGCCAGAGACAUGGUUGACAAAUGCCAGCGUUGUGAUGAAUACGUUUGCAGGAACUGCACGGCCAAGCCUCCUUCACUGGCAAACUUGAAAAACCGUUUGCGACGGAUUUGCCCUACCUGCAUCGAAGCGCCCUUGAGCAACCAUAAAAAUGGGAUUGCCGCAAAUGGACAAACUUCCGGUCUACAUAUAUGCACCUGUGAUACCAAUGCUUGGUACUGUCGUCCCUGUGGCCAACACUUGAGGGCGGAAGAUGUCACUUACCAGCGUGUCUGGUCAUGGCGCACCAGAUACAAUGAAUUCCUUGGAGGAGGUGGUCACUGGGUCGGGUAUGGAGACUGUGGCCAGGGUGUGCAGUGUGGCCUUGAGCAAAGGUGUCUUGCUGCGGAGUACAUCGAGGUAGAGGUGGACUGUGAAGCCGGAGACUGGGUUUCGGAAUUUUCCCGUUCGGAUAGUUCUAAUGAGAGCUCCCUCGAGCAUCUCCGUCACUCUAGCUCGUUUUCGCAUUCGGAUGGUCGGGAUGACGAGGAACCAGGUUACCUCCGGCAGGAGAUCGAAGGUAUCGGGGGUGUGGUCAAACAAAAAGUCAAGAAGAGAGUCCGUGUUGGGGCUAGUGUUGAGGAACGUGACGAUGACCGGGAAAACGCAACAUACUUGAAACAAGAAACCUCGGGUGCUGUGCGAAGUCGAUGCGGAUGGUGUUCUGGGAUCGUUCCAAGCAAUGUUGAAAGGGGGCGUAACUGA